CUGCAGCCAGACCGCCCGUCCUAGCCAAAGCCAGCUGGUGCCCACUCGCCCUCACCCAUGGGGAACAGCAGGAGCGGGGCGCUGUCCAAGGAGAUCCUGGAGGAGCUGCAGCUCAACACCAAGUUCACAGAGGAGGAGCUGUGUACCUGGUACCAGUCAUUCUUGAAGGAGUGCCCCAGCGGUCGCAUCACCCGGCAGGAGUUCGAGAGCAUCUACUCCAAGUUCUUCCCCGAUGCAGACCCCAAGGCCUAUGCGCAGCACGUGUUCCGCAGCUUCGAUGCCAACAGCGAUGGCACCCUGGACUUCAAGGAGUACGUCAUCGCCCUGCACAUGACCACCGCGGGCAAGCCCACCCAGAAGCUGGAAUGGGCCUUCUCCCUGUACGACGUGGACGGCAACGGGGCCAUCAGCAAGAACGAAGUGCUGGAGAUCGUCAUGGCUAUUUUCAAAAUGAUCAACCCUGAGGACGUGAAGCACCUUCCGGACGAUGAAAACACGCCGGAGAAGCGGGCCGAGAAGAUCUGGGCGUUCUUUGGAAAGAAAGACGAAGAUAAACUUUCAGAGGAAGAAUUCAUUGAGGGGACCCUGGCCAAUAAGGAAAUUCUGCGACUGAUCCAGUUUGAGCCUCAAAAAGUGAAGGAAAAGAUAAAAGAAAAGAAACAGUGAUGCCAACUGCUCAGCUCUUCCCUCCCUCUCACUGCCCCAC